AUGGAGCACACCGUGCACGACGGCGCCGCGUUUGCGCGUGUCUCUCGAUCGCGAGAGCGACCGGCGGACGAUCAGCAGGCGCUGAAUUGGUCGGUGCAUGACGGCAGCGCCUUCGCCGCCGCAAUCCGGGCUGGCUCAGGCCGCGCCAUCAACGACCGCCUGCUCCUGAACGGCGGGUGGCGCAACCGGUGGAGGGAGGAUUGGAAGUGCAGCCAGCCGCGCGGGGAGCGGGUUCGGUUCCGGCACUCUGUGUCGGACGCGCCAAAGCGGCCGCCCACGAUUGACGAGCUCUCUGGCGACCUCUCCUCGCCUCUCCCCUCGCCCACGAUUGAAGAGCUCUCCGCCUCGUCCGUCACGCGCCUCGCCAACUAUUCGCUGCACGAGAUAAUCGGGAUUGGGCAGUUUGCGGUGGUGCACCGGGCGACGAACAAGGAGACUUUGCGGCUGGUCGCGCUCAAGCUGACGGUGCGUCCCGUCAAGGUGGAGCGGCACGGCGCCCCGGCCGAGGAGAUGGACGUGUCUUGCUUCCGGCACGAGGUCGCGGUGAUCAGGAAGACGCCCCUCUACUUGGGGCACGGGCUGGCGGAGGUCGGGGCGGGGGAGUGGCGCGGCUUCGUCGUGAUGGAGUUCAUCGAGGGUGAGAGUUUGUUGCGGCUGCACCGGCGACCCAGCAGACCGCCCCUCGAGCAGGCCGUCCGGCUGAUGCGCGACGUCGCCGAGGCGCUCGAGGCGUUGCACCGGAGAGGCAUCUUGCACCGCGACCUCAAGGAGACGAACGUCAUCGUCUCGCCGACCACCGGAGGGCUGCUCAAGGCGAGGCUAAUCGACUUUGGCCUCUCGCUCGACUUUGGGGACGGCGAGACGCUCGCCGAGGCCCGCACCGACCACCAGAGCGAGCUGCGCGUCGGCGUCUUCGGCUACAUGCCUCCCGAGGUGUACCGCUGCCAGCCGUACGGCGCCGGGGUCGACACUUUCGCUUUCGGGGUGCUGCUCCGCAAGGCGCUGCAGGCCUCCUCGCCGCUGCCUCCGUCGAAGCGGCUUCGCUCCUGGCUCGACGCGCUGCCCUUCCACGUCGCGGGCUGCCGCUACGAGCGCUCGGUCCGGCAGGCCGUGUCCGCAGCCUGGCCCGCCUGCCUCGCGCAGCUGGUCAAGAGCUGCACGGCGCAAGAGCAAAAGGAGCGGCCUACGAUGGAGCAGGUGCGGCGGGCGCUCGACGGUUGGCUCGACCUCUGCGGCAGGGCGUGA